UAGGGUUAGGGUUAGGAAUGUCAGACUAUCUCCCAGAGGAAGUGGUGCUGGAAAUUCUGCAAAGACUUCCCGUCAAAUCCCUAAUUCGAUUCAGGUGCGUUUCAAAAUCAUGGAACUCUCUAAUUACAAGCUUUGCCUUCAUCAAUUCCCAUCUCACUCGAUCACUUUCACUUCCUUCCAACUCCAACAAAUUAAUUGUUAGGCAUUGCGUUGAUAAUCCUUAUGUAGAUCACUACAAAUUAAUUGACGAUAACAGUGACUCAUUUGAUCAAAUUCAAAGCAUUGAGCUCCCACGCAGGAGUCGCCGUAUCCAACAUUUUGAGUUAAUUGGUUCCGUGAAUGGAUUGUUCAGCCUAUAUGAUCAAGAUUGCUAUAUUCUUUGGAAUCCCUCUAUUAGAAAAUUUAUUACCCUUCCAAAGCCUUGCUCAUUCAUUGGGUGUUGUCGCCGUGCAUUCGGGUUUGAUCCGCGAACUAAUGAUUGUAAGCUAGUGAGGAUUGCAUUUCCAGGUCGAAUUAAUAAGGCCAAACCACCUCUAAUUGAGGUUUACUCUCUCAACGAGGGGUGUUGGAGAAUUACUAGUGCCUCUUUUCCUCCUGGUAUUAACGUUACUGAUUGGCAUAAACCCGCAGCUUCUUUAAAUGGGGCAGUCCAUUUUGCGGCGGAAUAUGAGCCUGGUGGCCCUUGUGGCCCAUUGGUUUUGUCAUUUGAUUUGCGUGAUGAGGUUUUUCAUGUGAUACCAUUGCCAAAUGUUACAUUCAAAUCAACUUACAAUGAUCAUACCUCAGUAAUUGGGGGAUCGCUUUCUCUAUUACUUUAUUAUGAUAGGCAUGCAGACAACAAGUGUUGUGUCAUUUGGGUGAUGAAAGAGUAUGGAGUUGUUGAUUCUUGGACUAAACAGUUCACUGUUAAUCUCAACAGAGGAAAAAUUAUAAGGGUAUUAGGUCUCCAAAAGAAUGGUAAUAUAUUAGUGGAGGCAAUAUUAUCAAGACCACGUCGUUGUGAGCUCUCUUCAUAUGACCCUAAGAGUGAACAAGUUAAGAAUUUGGGGAUUUGUGGGUGUUCAUACAAUUUUCAUGUUGAUAAUUAUAUGGAGAACCUUGGCUUACUUGACAAACCAAAUGAGACAGUUUUCAAAAGCAGAGUGAGCAGGAAGAGGAAAUGCAGUUUGAUAGUUUAGAAGCAAAGAGUAUGGGACACCAGCUUUUGUGAGGCCAAGUGAAAUGUGAGAGUGCCAAGGAUGGGACAACAUCAACUUCAAGAAAGGAAGAGGGAAAGAAAAAAGUGUUCAGUUGAAGGCUGGAUGGGAUGUAGUAAUUGUUAUGUGUUUUGUGAUGUAUUCAGGGAACAAUCCAUAACACCAAAUUCUCUGUAUAUAACAUUAACUUAACAAUGUCAGUAGGUCACAGCUUUUGUUUUUGAUCAGCAGGUGGAAACUAAAUUCAGUUUGUUAAAAUUAUGUUGUGAAAUUCAUGUUCAUGAUUAUGCCCAAUUUAUGUUCAGCUGGUUUAUGUUCCUGGUUGUGGAAUUCAGAAUGCUUCCUUAAUAUUAUGUUUUCAUAUUAUUUGCGUGUUA